UUGAUUCGUUGACCUAUGGUACACUUUUAUAUAUAUAUGGAUAUGUAGAAAGUUUCAGAUUGUCCGCCGUACAGGGGAGAUGUUGUGGAAAUUUCUUCAGACAGGGACUCCUCCGGGGCGUGACAGUCUUUCUAUCAUUGAACUAUUGUGGAGCGAAGUGUUUGCCAUUUCCUUUUUCUUCUUUUGGACAAGAUAUAAAUCUGUACAAUCGUAAUUAGUCGUUUACCUAGGAACAAAGUCAACUUAUUUGCAUGCAAAAAGAAUACAAUAUCCUCUAAAUACACACAAGAAUAAAAGGGGUUAUUUAGUUGAUGGAUUUGGGAAUGAGGGAAUAGAAUAAUAGUAAAAGAUAGUGUUUGGAUUGUGAGUUUGAGAAUGAUAAUUUAAAAAUGAUUUUUAGAUUUAUAGGAAUCAACUAAACUCAUAAUUUAUUCUCAUUUCUAUUCUCAUUCUAUCUUACUAUUAAAUUUAUACUCAUAGUCAUUUAAUCAAAUGCCACCUAAAUGAGUGAUUAGUGUAAAAACUCGAGGAUGGAACUCAAUGACUCGAGUCCUUGCCAUAUCUGUUGUGAAAGCCAACCAUAGAAAACUGGUAUUUCGAAGAGGAGACGAUCUGAUGGUGCAGACUGAAAGAGAACUCGAAGCAACUGCAUUGCCAUUUCCGUGUGGCAUGUGAAAGAAUUGUAGAACUGUUUUACAUAUAAAUUAAUUGAAAUUAUACCGAGGAAUUCAAUUAAUUUGGCAUGUGAAAGAGUUGUAGAACUGUUUUACUUUUAUAUAUAUAUAUAUAUAUAUAUAAGUAUUCACUGGGUAUAAUAUAUGUAUUUAGGGUUUCAAGAUUUAGAAAAGAUUUAAAAAAUAAAAAAAAUAAAUUGAGGCCCUUAGAUUUGAUCCAAAAGAUUCAAUGCUGCUAAAAAAAAUUAUCCAAGGCACCUCUAAUGCAUGGAGGCACUUAGGGCAUGAACGAAUCUGUAGGAAGUGGUCCGCAGCAUAUCAAUUAUAUAUAUAUAUAUAUGUAUAUAUAUAUCGAUCUCGUACUUGACUAGGUGUGCGGAGUGUCCGAAUGUUUGUAAGAGUUACGGACGGGAGUCGUGAACGGAAAUCGAAUCCUUUAGACUAUAGGAAAUGAUUUUUUUUUAAAAAAAAGUGCCUAUGAGUUGCCAUUAUUAGUAGACUCUCGACAUGAAGUUCUUGUGGAGUUUGAAGGACUCAAUGAGUGAAGAACUCAAUGACAUAAAAACAUUAUUCGAUUGGUACAGAACAACUUCCUAGAGCUUGGUGCGUUAGGUGCCUAUGAGUUGUCUACGUUGAAGUGUACGACGCGUUUAACAAAGUAGGGCAACGGUUAUAUUUAAAUUAUAAUUGAAAUAUUUGUAUUAUUUAAUAAUUAAGAUCUAUGAAUUAUAUAAUAUUUAGCUCAUAUGUUUGUUUAUUCGCCUUGGCAAGGCAACGAGUUCAUUGACAUGCCGAUAAAUAAAAUAUUUUAGUUCAAAGAACUUAAAAUGCAAGAUUAAGGAACGAGCUAAUUAAUCAAAAUAAAUUACGUGCAUUUAUUAAUAAUUAUACACCAAAUAAAUCACCAUCUUUUGAAUAAAAUGAAAGAAUCACGGGUAAAAUGUGCUCUAUAAAAUUUGAGGUAAAUUGCAUAAAGGCAAAAUAUUGAAUUACAAUAAUUUGAAUUUAAGUAUUUAUAAAAUAACUAAAAAAAUUAAAUUUUAGAAAACAUCUAAAAUAUAUAAAAAAAUUCUUAAUAUUUAAACUGAUUUUUUUUUAAAACUACUAAAAAUAAUAUAAUCGAGGGUGGAGGGCAAUUUGGAAAAUACAGGAUGAUCGAGGGUGGUUUUACCGAACAAGAAAAACAAAGGAAGAUGCUUGAGCUCCCCAGGGCAACCACUGUCCCCGGAUAAGAAUGGCGGCAAGGGAUCCUCUGCCAAUCCCCCCCUUUGGAUACGCGUACUCUCUCGCAUGACCCAGGUACAAUCCAAGGAUAGAGGUCUCCAUGUCGAUCUAAGUCUGCUUCUUAUGAUAAUUAAAGGGCUCUUCAGGAGGUAUGAGAGAUGGAAUCCUGUACACCCCACUAUUGGCACAUUUUGGGGAAUGGGCAUAGGUGUGGGAUGUGGCGUGGGAUGGGGUCCUGGUUUUGGUCCUGAGGUCAUUGGAUAUGUCGGGGCAGGCUGUGGUGUAGGAUUCAGCGUGGGCAUUACUCUGGCUGGUAUCGGUGUUGGCCUUCCCCGCAAUGACCUUUUUCAAAUCCUAUACAAUGCUACUACAACAAAGGCUGCUCCUUUCGACAUGGCAAAGUCUUCCACAUUUAUCGUCAUGAAGGGCGUCGCAGAGGAUAGUUUGAACUUUGUUGCACCUCAUAUAUCUUUUUUGAGGAAAGAAACUAGCUGGAGGCUCUCGAAGCUCAAGUCAAAUAUUCAUGUACAGGGAACUGAGUUAAACAAACUUAACACUGUAGUAUCAAAGAAGAUUCAGUCUACUUUAGAGUGUUUAGAAGCCUUCAAACAGAAUGUCUGGCAGCCUCCAAAGGAUCAAUAAGCAGAUUGCAAGUGUUCAAUCUUUGGAUGUGUGAGCUUCAUCUUUGGUAUACAAGGCUAAUUUGUAUGAAAAUUUUUAAGUGUAGAGGCAGCAAAAUUCAAGAUGGAGCUACAUGUUCCUUCAAUUUCCCUUCUUAAUUUGCAGAUAUUUAGACCUACAAAAUUCUGAAGUCUUUAAUAAAUUAAGCACAGAAACAUCUAUUAUUUUUUUUUUAGUU